AUGGCCAUCGGCGACUUAUCGCUGAGCUACCUGCUCUUUUCGCUUCUACACUUCUCUCAAUUCGUCCUCGCAGUCACAGUUUGCGCUCUUUAUGGCAUUGACCUCGACCGCGCCCGGAAGGCCAACGUCGAUGCUGAUGGGAAAUGGAUAUACGCCGAGGUCGUGGGUGGUCUCUCCGCCCUGACGGCCAUCCUCUUCUGCGUCCCCUUUGUCCUUCGCUUUGCCUUGGUGUGGGCCUGGAAUUUGAUCCUCUUCAUUCUCUGGAUCGCACUCUUUGGCAUUGUCGGCAAGAUGUACAUCCACGAAGAUGCUGAUGGGAACGGUGACCUCCAGAGAAUGAAGAAUGCGGUAUGGGUGGUCCUCGCGAAUGCUAUCUUGUGGCUCAUUGGCGUCCUGUCGCAUUUUAUUUACUGGUGGGGCCAUCGGGAGCGCAGGAGCCGGUUCACCAGCCGUGCAAAGGUGUAG